UCGGCUCGAUCCAGACCGCGCUCCGCCGCGCCGCCGCUCGUCGACGCCCCGGUGUGAACAUCUACCACCUCAACAUCCGCGUCGCCGGCCAGGCCGGCACGAUCGGCGCCGGGAGGUUCUCCUCGCUGCUCUGGGACGCCGCGAGUCUCUCGCCGGUGGAGGUGCGCCUCACCCUCCCGCGGAACCUGCAAGUCUCCUGCAUGGAGGUGACACUGCCCACCUUCCACCGCGCCAACCUCCAUGGAUCUACGCGCGCGGGGCCUCCACUUAACCGUGCUCGCAAAGCCAUAUUUGGGCUAUGUCCCCUUCCGCUCGCUGGAGAGACUCUCCCUCUCGGGGUGCCACAUCGAUCUGGCCACCUUCAUCCCGUACUGCCCUCGCCUGCGCGUGCUCCAGGUGAACACCACCGGUCUGAUAGACAUGAGCAACAUUACGGUCCACUCCGCGUCGCUGGAGGAGCUCGUCGUGGAGCACGGCAACCGAUGGACCCGCCGUACCCAUGUCAGCGUCGACUCCCCUGUGCUUAAGCAAUUGGCAGCGUCCUUCCAUGCCUGCGGCAACAUCGGGGUGUCCAUCUUGGCACCAAUGCUGGACAAGGUCUGGUGGCGGUGCUCGUAUGCCAAGCCGAUUUACGGCCUUGGUCUUUGGGGCCUCUCAGAGGUGGGCUUGAACACAGAAGAGACACACUCCAGGAGAGACGCCUGUGUGCAGCUCCCUAGCGUCCAUGUCCUGUCCCUACACAUGUCUCCUGUCCAGGAUUCAGUUAGCUUUCCAAAUGCAGAUCUCAGCUUUUUUGCGGCAGAGAUCGAUAAACAUAUGGUUACCAACUUCUCUGGUCUGGACCUACAUCUCAGCACCAAGGGCCAUGUGUUUGGAGCUUUUGUGCUGCAUCUCCUUGGGAUGCAUCGGAUUCGUACAGCUUUACGGAACCUUAAGAUUGUCCUGCUAAGAUCAGAGGUGAAAGAUGCAUGCCCAGUAAAUUGUUUCUGUGAUGAGCCAAAGAACUGGAGAACAGAAACUAUCACCUUGGCUGACCUUGAAAACAUGGAAAUUGAAGGCGUCGUCGGGGAAGAUCACGAGUUUGAUUUCUUGAAAGUGAUAUUUAGAUGUGCUCCAAUGCUUAAAACACUGACUGUGAGGCUGUCAGAUGGUGUCACUCCAAGUGUCGAUUGGUGCACAAAAAUAAACAUCUUCAUGGCAUAUCCUUCCGUUGAAUGCAAUGGUGAUCUGAUAAGCAGGGCCAAAGCUGUGCGUUGACAUGAUUAUCUGCGGAUUAAGGGUGCUCAUUAACAAGAUCGUCCUCUCCCACGCCAACCAACUACUAUCUGCUUUCAGGUCUUGCUUAAUGGCUUCAAUCUAUGCUACCUCCUGUUGUUUUGCCACUGUAGUGGAGCUACAGACUUGAAGUGGUGUAGUCUCUGAUGUAAUUCCUAGCAUGGUUUCUAUUGCCUUCAAAUGUGGCACUGACUCCUUUUGGUCGGCUGGUCUGAAUAUUAGAUUUUUAAGUAUCUCAAGUUCUCAACCAAUGUUGUCCAAGUGAUGCCAUGUUAAGUACUUACGCCAAUGGCUUACAUUGAAAAACAGUGGCACGAGGCUUCUCUUGCUGGUCAAAAUUAAG